AUGGUUGCUGAAACAAAGCUAUACGAUUCGCUAGGCAUCGCGCCUACCGCGACCCCCGACGAAAUCAAAAAAGCCUACCGCAAGGCUGCCUUGAAAUAUCACCCCGACAAGAACAAGGACAACCCGCAAGCCUCGGAAAAGUUCAAAGAGGUCUCGCAAGCCUAUGAAAUUCUUUCCGAUGCCGACAAGCGCAAGACCUACGACCAAUUUGGUCUCGAAUUCCUGCUAAGAGGUGGUGCUCCUCCGCCAGAUGAUGCUGGCGGUGCUGGUGGCUUUGGUGGUAUGCCCGGUGGUUUCGGAGGCUUCCCUGGUGCGGCUGGAGGGCCUGGCGGUACAAAGUUCCACUUCUCGACUGGUGGUGGUAUGCCUGGUGGCUUCUCCUUCAGCAAUCCUGAGAGCAUCUUCUCAGAGUUCCUCAGAAACGGUGCUGGUGGAGGCAUGGGAGGCGGCAUGGGCGACGAAGACGAUUUCUUCUCGUCGUUCGGCGCCGGCGGCAUGCCCGGUGGCUUUGGAGGCUCAUUCGGCGGACGCCCUGGAGCAGGUGGUCGUGCCCGUCCUAGCAUGAACGGCGGUAUGCCCAGACGACAACAAACACCCGAAGUCACUGUUGUCGAAAAGCCAUUGCCUGUCACCCUCGAGGAUCUGUUCACUGGCUGCACCAAGAAGAUGAAGAUUAAGAGAAAGACAUUCGACGAGCAGACCGGCAAGCAGUCGGUACAAGACCGCAUUCUUGAGGUGCCGAUCAAGAAGGGUCUCAAGCCCGGCAGCAAGAUCAAGUUUGCUGGAGUAGGAGAUCAGGUCGAGGGAGGUGUCCAAGACCUGCACUUUGUUGUUGAAGAGAAAGAUCAUCCCCUCUACAAGCGCGAAGGCGACGACAUCAUCCACAACGUCGACAUCACAUUGAAAGAAGCCUUGACCGGCUGGUCCAGAACCGUAAAGACCAUCGACGGCAAGCAAAUCGGCGUCAGCUCUGGCGGUCCUACACCGCCCACCUACAAAGACCGCUACCCCAACCUGGGCAUGCCCAAGAGCAAGAAGCCCGACGAAAGAGGCGACUUCAUCGUCGGCGUCAAGAUUCAGUUCCCCACAAGUUUGUCCCCUCAGCAGAAGAGCCAACUCAAGGAGAUUCUGUGA